AAGUUCCGCACUUUAGUUCCGCUCACAGCAGAGCCCGGCAGCCGACAGACAUGGGGAUCACGAAGUUGGCCAAACUGAUCGACCAGGAAGCUCCGGACUCCAUCUCGCUGUUUUCGCCAAGGGAAUACCGAGGUCGGGUUCUCGCUAUUGAUGCCUCUGUGGCCAUUUACCAGUUUAAUUCGGCAAUUCCUACUAUACAAAAUCGAUAUGGGGAAGACCUAAGUGUCUUGCAGGGAAUGUUCUAUCGCACAGUUUACAUGCUGGAGAAUGGGAUCAAGCCCGUGUAUGUAUUUGAGGGGCAGCCUCCUGCUUUAAAACACAGAAAGGAAAACACUGCUGGAAAAUCCAAUGCAGGACACAAGGGAAAAAACGACUUAGAGACAAUGCUGAAAUACCUCGGAGUUCCUUAUAUACAGGCCACGGGUGAAGCAGAAGCCACGUGCGCUGCACUAGUCAAACACGGCUUGGCAUGGGGCACAGUGACAGAAGACAUGGACGCCCUGCCGUUUGGAAGCACCCGCCUAAUACGGAACUUAAAGGCCAAUGACGGGAGGAAUGUAAAAGAAUACAAUCUACCGAAACUACUAAAACAGCUGAACUUGAGUAUGGAGCAGUUUGUGGAGCUGUGCAUAUUGCUGGGAUGUGACUAUUGUGAGAAAAUUAAAUUCCAAGGCAUAAAGAAAGCUCUGGAGCUGAUGCACAAACAUGGGAGCAUCAAGAACAUUGUAAAGACCAUUAAACAGAAGAAUCACAUUCCUGCAGAUUUCUGUUAUCGGGAAGCAAUCGAGCUGUUCCUCCGGCCGUCUGUAACUGAUGUGAGUCUGGUUCAGCUGAACUGGAAAGACCCAGAUGAAGAGAAGCUGAUUCAGUUCCUGUCACAUGAAAAACACUUAAAUGAGACAAAGAUCCGCACAAAGCUGGAGAAGCUCCGCUCUGCACAGCAGCCAAAGGCAAAGAAAACUCCAAAGAAAAGAGCAGCUCAGUCCAGUGUUUUUGAUCCAAAUGACCAGAAGCAGCAAAAGAUGACGGAUUUCUUCACAACCAAGAAAAGCCAGUCCAGUCUUCCUGGUCCAAAUAAACAGAAGCAGACAAAAAAGCCAGAUUUCUUCAAGACCAAGAAAAGCCAGAAGCAGCCUCAGGGCCGCACUGAGAACAAAGAUCUAUCUGGGAACAUCCCAUCCACCUCCUCAAGCCCUGGAUGCAGCCAAAGUACUCGCUGACCAUCCCAGAGGCACCGGCUGUGGAUAAUAUAGAGCAGUUAUCACUUUAUGUAUAGAGUUACUAUAUCAUCAUACAAUCAUUUACUUCUAUUAUUUAUGUACUUUUCAAAAACACAACUAUUAUGGGGAAAUGUAGCAAAAGU